UUGAACAGGCGAUGGACGUUUCAGAUUUGAGUGCAAGUUCAAUGGAGUACGAAAGCGGAAAUACAGAUGAAGAGGAAUUCAAUAUUUCGUCUGCCAACUAUAAUGCACCUCGUGAAGAUGAACAAAGUUUGGGAGACGAUGAUGUCGACGAAAGUAUGGAUGCAGAUGGUGUUGAUGUAGAAGAUGAUAAUGUAGAGCAAGAAGAAGAUGUUGACACUGAUAAUAUUCAGAGUGAUGUUCUGGAGGAGGCAACUGAUGACGAGAGAUUGGACUGUGGUUUUGUUGAUGAGGUCUUAGUUGGCGAUAAUUCUUCUUACGACUAUUACGGUGAUUCAGACUUGGAGACUAUAGAAGAACCUGUUAGAAGAAGACAUGUGAAAUCAGUUGGUAAGAAAAAGAAUGGAUCGGAGGAUGAAGAUGAGAGUGAUACAGAAGAAAAGAGAAAGUUUUACUGGGAAGUAAUGGAGAAGACCUUUGUGUCUGAGGCAGCUGCAUAUACUUUUUAUAAUGGAUAUGCUCGACAAGAGGGAUUCAGUGUAAGAAAGUUCAAGUUCAAAGAGACUAAGGGUGCUAACAAAAUAGUUCGCGGAAGGCGGUUUGUGUGUUCUCGGGAAGGAAAACGUAACAGCAAGUUUCUGACUAUGGACAACCGCACUCGUAGGUUGAGACCUUUGUCACGUUGCAAUUGUAAAGCGGAGUUGGAUGUGAAGCUUGAUAGAGGUUCGGGGUUUGUGAUCAAGAAGCAAUGGUUCCAAAAUCUGCUGCUCGAACUUGAGAAGGUUAUGAAGGAGAAGGCAGAGCUGCAGAUUGCCACUCUAAAGGAGGAGAAGAAGAAGCUGGAGUAUUACGUUGCAGAUCUCUUCAAUAUUAGAGAUAGAAACCUGAAGAAGAUGAAGGCCAUACAAGAGAUUUGUGCAAGUUGGGAGUGA